UCAGGACAACAAUAAGAAAGUUAUGUGUCUACCUCCUCCUCCUCCUCCUUCUUUCUUCUUCUUGUUGUAAAGGUUGUCACUUCAUUCAAUUGAAUCAUUACAUUUCUAUGACGAAACUGUGAAAGCUAGAGGCUUUUCUCCAUUUGGCUCUUAUGGGUAGUGUCAUCAACAGAGCUAAACCCAGAAACAAACUAUGCUCUUAUGGUUAUUACUCCCAAAGCAGAGGCUUAUCGCAUUCCCAAAGCCUCAAUUCUGAUGAUUCAAUACUUCCGGUUUUGAUUGUUGGUGCAGGACCUGUUGGUCUAACUCUCUCUAUACUUCUUACUAAAUUAGGGGUGAAAUGUUCCAUUUUAGAGAAGAGCAAAGCCUUUUCGAAUCACCCACAAGCGCACUUUAUAAACAACCGCUCUAUGGAGAUAUUUCACAAAUUGGAAGGCCUUGCAGAGGAGAUUCAAAGGUCACAACCCCCUGUAGAAUUAUGGAGGAAGUUCAUUUAUUGUACUUCACUAACUGGUCCAAUUCUUGGGUCAGUGGACCACAUGCAACCUCAAGAUUUUGAAAAAGUUGUCAGCCCAGUAUCUGUUGCACACUUCUCUCAGUAUAAAUUAAGUAGGUUGUUGCUUAGGAAGUUAGAAGAUCUGAACUUCCAUAUUUGUAGACCCGAAAGCGUGCGAGGCCUUGGCGAUGGUCCACUCAAGGGAAGAGAAAUAUUAAUGGGACAUGAGUGUAUAUCGAUGAAUGCCACUGAUUACUCUGUUACAGUAACUGCCUCCCAUAUUGUGGAAGGAAAGUAUAUGGAGAAAGAUAUCAGCUGCAGUAUUCUUGUUGGUACUGAUGGUGCUGGAAGUACCAUACGGAAGCUUGCAGGCAUAGAGCUAAGAGGUGAAAAAGACCUGCAAAAGCUUAUUAGCAUCCAUUUUUUUAGCAGAGACCUUGGACACUACUUGCUCGCUGAGAGACCUGGCAUGCUGUUUUUUAUUUUCAAUACUGAAGCUAUUGGGGUCCUUGUUGCACAUGAUCUCAAGCAAGGAGAAUUCAUCUUGCAGGUGCCAUUCUAUCCUCCUCAGCAGGAUAUCAAUGAUUUCAGUGCAGAGAUAUGCAGAAAGUUAAUUCUCAAAUUGGUAGGUCAAGAGCUUUCAGACAUUGAUGUCACUGAAGUAAAGCCCUGGGUAAUGCAUGCUGAAGUUGCUGAAAAGUUUGUUAGCUGUAACAGUCGGGUUAUACUUGCUGGUGAUGCGGCUCACCGAUUUCCCCCGGCUGGUGGUUUUGGAAUGAAUACUGGCAUUCAGGAUGUUCAUAAUCUUGCUUGGAAACUAGCCUCUUUUAUGAUGGGUAUUGCACCAUCAUCAAUAAUUCAUACUUACGAAAUGGAACGGAGACCGAUUGCCCUUUUCAAUACAGCUCUUAGUGUCCAAAACUUUAGAGCAGCCAUGGCAGUUCCUGCUGCACUCGGUCUUGAUCCAUCUGUUGCAAACUCAGUGCAUGAAGUAAUGAAUGAUGGGGUUGGUUCCAUUUUACCAUCUGGACUACAGAGGGCCAUUUUGGAUGGAAUCUUCAUGAUAGGUCGUGCACAGCUCUCAGAAUCUCUUCUAAAUGAAAGAAAUCCGCUUGGAUCUUCAAGGCUUGAUAAAGUGAGGCGUAUCUUUGAAGAAGGAAAGAGCCUUCAGCUCCAGUUUCCUGCUGAGGAUCUUGGUUUCAGGUACCUUAAAGGAGCACUUGUACCUGAUAAUGAUAGCAAGAAAGGUGUUUUAGAACCACCAACUGGUCGUCGAAGGGACUAUAUUCCUUCUGCAGAUCCAGGGUCAAGAAUGCCACAUAUGGAUGUUCGCGUAUUGUCGAAUUUAUCAAGUGAGGUGACUAUUUCUACGCUUGAUCUUUUGUCUGGGGACAAAAUUGAGUUCCUUCUCAUUGUCGCACCACUUGAGAAGUCCUACCAACUUGCUCGUGCUGCAUUGAAGGUGGCUGAGGUACUCAAAGUUUCUGCUAAGGUUUGUGUAAUGUGGCCUUCUGACUAUGCUGAUAUAUCUGAAGCAUCUAGUAAGAAAGCAUUGGCACCUUGGAAGAACUAUAUAGACGUUUUGGAAGUUAAAAAAUCACCAAAUCUGCCAUCAUGGUGGAGUAUGUGUCAGAUGACUGACAAAGGAGCAAUUUUAGUCAGGCCUGAUGAACAUAUUGCUUGGCGUGUGAAGUCAGGUCUUGAUAAUGAUCCUGUUUCAGAGAUGACCAGGGUUUUUUCUGCUAUAAUGGGGGUCAAAUAACCAAAAUAAAAUUAACCAUUCUGAAAAGACACACACUAUAAUUCUGCUUAUGCUUUGAAGGAGCAGUAAUCCCUACAGGGAAAUUUCAUGGAUGCUAUAUGUAAUUGGAAUGGCAGAAAAUCCUUUGCAACAAUUGAAGAAUAGAUGAUUAGAGGUUGUCUGCAGAAUUUUCAUGGCCUAAAAUUAUUUGGGUGCAAAUCACCAUGGUGCCAGCACUAGAAUUUUGCGUCAGUUAGAUAUAGAAUUUGUAGCAAUAAAUAUGAUUGCAAAACAUUGUUCUUUGGGAUCAUAUAGAACUUAUAGUGUGCUGCAGUCAUUCAUUUCUUUCCCUCUGGGCAUGUCUAAUGAGGGUUAGCACAUGUAUAGCAUGGUUGAACUUGAUGAGUAGGAUAGUCACAUUGUAGUAAUGCUGUAGUAUAUGCAUGUAUCCUCCAAAGAAGAUUGAAAAUGCUUUGUUUUUUUUUUUUUU